AUGAUAAGAAAGCUGCUUAGCACAUUCGUCAUCACGGGCAUAGUCAGGUGCACUAAUUUGUCCUCCCAAAAUGAUGCAAAGGAAGUACAAAAUCUAUUGGGCAGGGAUUCAUUCAGGAUAGACAUCGAAAAUAGGGAGGAGUGCUCCCUUCAAUAUGACACCAUGAAGACGCAUUUCAGGCACGUCUACCUAGUUCAGUGUGGGGGGAAUGCCAAAAGUGUGCGACUAAAUUUCGGGGGCGAGUCCAAAAAGGGGAGUCUACAUCAGAGCGGAGAUGCCGUUCACAAAGGAGGAGCACAGCAAAGCGAAGAACCAAACCAGCAGUGCAGCACUGGGAGAAGAAACCAAAUCGCCUUCUUCAACGAGCGGGGCAAAAAAAUAACCAGCGAUAACCUAACCCUCAAGUUUGAAAACAACCGAAAGGUAAUUUACAAAGCUUGCCAAAUGGAGGACCCCCCCAAAUGCACCAUCAUUUAUGUCAUCAUUUCGUUCAAGGUUGAUGUAAUGGGCCUGAGAGAGUUGCUCCUUAGUAAUUUUACUACAGACGGAGAGGAAGGAGCCAAAUUAAACUUGCUGCACCCAGACAACGUACGCGUGGGGAAUGUGAGUGAAUACCUCCUUCAGCACUUCCUCCUCGAUAGCAAAAAAGUAACCCAGUUUUACGAAAUUAGCGUGAACGUGACGAAUGACGGUCAGCCACUCUACCUGUACGCUUCAUCCCACGCGUCCAACUUUGUCUACCUGGAUAGAAAUUUACGCCACCUAUUGAAAGAGGAAAAAUACCAGUACGAAACUUACUUCUACAAAUUUAGAUGUGCGGGUAGCUCCCAACUAUUUGCGGCGACUAGCGACGCCAGGAAGGCUAGCUUCUUCGUGUACAGACUAGGCAUAACGUGCAGCGGAGGGGGCGAAGAUAACCAACUUAGCGUCAAUGGCAGAAGCGACUUCAAUCCCCCCUUCCACGUAAGCGUUGCGGAUCCCACGUUCAUGAUGCACCCAUUUCGCAUGGACGAAUUUAAGUAUGACGUAUUCACCCCUGGCAACCACUUCUGGCUUCGCAUUAACUCCCCAAAUGGGUGUCACCCCCCCAGUAAUAUCUCCCUAAAUGACAAAAGAGUCAUCAGUGAGUAUAGCCUGGUAACGUUCAGUGAGCACAUGGACGAACAGUUCUAUGACAACUGCAUAGAGGAGUGGCAACUCUUGCAGAAACGCAGUCCUGCUCAGCAGGAUGAAAACUGCUCGGAUGUGAAAAAGAGGCAAGGUUUUUUGAUCUUCGGAAAUGUGCACGACGAGGGGGGAUUCAACUGCCCAAAGGGGUGCAAAAGGGAUCUGUUUGGCGAAAGGAUACACCUGGAAAGCACCCCAUGGGGAAGCUUCUUCUCACCAAAGAGGAAAACAAAAUUUCGCAACCACCAAGAAAUAGGCAAAGUUAUAUUCCCCACGAAAAGGAUCUUCAUACUCAAGUACACGAGCGAACCGCAGAAGAAACACACCAUUGUUGGAGCUAACACGGUGAGCCAUAAAACGAAGGUGCUGUACUACUUUUUUCACAUACACAGAAUCCCAACCAAUAUUGUAGCCAACAGCUUCGCUUUUAUAGCCUUCUUAAAAAAUGCAAAUUGUGGCGAAAACAAUAUUUGCCACCAGCAAAACGAUGGACAGCCAUCCUACAUCCAAGUUGUAUUUAAAAAAAAAAAAAAUAAACAUUUGAACUACUUAAGCACAAACGUUUUACUAACCCAAAAAGGUGCAAACUCGAGUCACUCCUUUGACCAAGGGGACAACCUAAAAUUGCUCAUAAACAAUGAGCAUAUAUCUGACCAUAUUAAGUACCCAAUAAGCGAAAUAGGAAACAGGGAGGAAAAAAUUAACAUAAAAAUAGUCGACCAAAAUGAUAACAUUCUUUACAACACCGAUUUGGUGAUUAUAAGGAAAAACGUAUUCUACAAAAUUGCCUUACAAUUCCUUUCUUACUUUUCCUACGCGUAUAUUAUUUUUUGCUCCUGUCUUCACCCAGCAACUGUUUUAACGUCCAUUCAGUUUCUACAAAUAUUGACCCUUUUGCAUAUAAAGUAUGACGCCUUUCCCCCUUUGUAUAAUUACUUCCUAAAAAAAUUGCAUCCGCUUUCUUUCAUUUGGCACUUCUUCGAUGUUAAGGUGUACAGGAAGAGUGCGGCCAAUCAGUUGGCAUCUAAUGAGCAACCGCUCAGGGGGGACUCAGCUACGGUUUUGAGUACCACAAAUGGGGGUCAUAACUUGGGGGGUGGCCACAGAAAAAAGGAAAACCAUCUUGUGGAGUCUCAAAAGAGGCAUUACUAUGGUGGGAAAUUGUCUCACUUAAGAGAUACUCAUGGGGAGUACCUCCAUUGGAAGGCAAACAAGAUGACGAAGAACAUCAUCAAAGGUGACAGUCUCCACAAGGAUAACCAUCACGCCAUGGGGAAAGAAACCCCAACGAAUGAGACACACUUAGAGGAACUUCCCCUCGGGAAAGCCAAGAGUUACCUCACGAAGAAUGCCUCUUUGAAGCGAAUUAUUCGCAAUUACGUAGACAGACGGAUGGGCAGAGAUAAACGAAUUGGCUUGUCGCAUCACCAACCUUUGCUACAAGACAUAGCAUUAUCAGUGCCCACCGGGAGGGAUACCCCAAAAAAAGGGGCGAAAAAAAACAUUUCUAGUAAAAGGCAUUUCCCCGAGAAAGGCAAAUCGCCAGGUGGUAUCACCACACAGAGUGACGAUCAAAAAGGUGAUGCCAGUGAUCCUUAUGAUUAUAAUGACGAUGGUGAUCGUGGGGAUAGCUCCCCCGCGAGGGACACCAGGAAUAACCCCUUUCAGCAAAGAAACAUAGGUAAACUUUUUAAGAACGCAUUUUGCAUACUUGACCGGCACAUUAGCGAGCAUCACUUGGGAGCCCCCCCUUUUGACAGCGACAGUUCCUACCCAGAUAGCGAAAAGUACAAAGCGCAAUUUUCAGCACUGAGAGAAAAUGAACCCCUUACCAUGGACAUCAAUAAAUACAUUUGUAAAUUUCUUCGGGGGAAAAAUCGCGAACAUGGUGUGGACCAUCAAAUUGGAGCAUCUACCCAAAUUAAGAUUCACCCUAAUGGGGAAGAUAAAAAGGGCUACCAAGGGACCUUAAGAGAGAAAUUCCCAACGGUGUGCUUAACAAAGUGCAUAAGAAUAUUGCACCGUUUUAACGCACUCUCCAAUCGAUGCAAAUACAAAAUGUCGUAUGAUGAGGCGGUGAAGCAGGACGCGUGGAGGAACAAGCUUCUCCGCGUGACGAUCAACCGGGAAUCCCUAAACCGCAGCAUCCACAGCAGCAACGGUGCCAGGGAGAGGAACCCCAAUUUGCGUUUGCUAACCCACCAGGAGGACACACACAUUGGCUACCUCUACGACAAAGUGUCCCUUUUUAAGAAAACCUUCUUCGUCAAAAAGGCUGUGAAAAUUAAACAUGUGCACUUCCUACUCUCUCAGAAAAGAGAAAUACAAAUUUUUGUAAAUAACGAGCAAGUGUCCGAUGACGCUCUGGGGAUUUACUCACUUCUUGCAAAUAAUUUGUCCAAUGAAAACGCUUCUCAUUUCCUCUGCGUACGAUUGAUGACGGCCAUCUGCCUAGCAACUGUAAAUCUUUUGAUUCGGAAAGAUGUCCGUUUCUCCCUCCUUUCGUUAUCUCUCUUUUUCUUCGCCCUAUUUGUAUACAAUUUUGCUUCCAUUUUGAGGCGAUGUGGCGAAGCGGAAUUGUGGGAACCACGUGGGGGGUACGGCAAGGGGGGGACAAGUGAAGACAAAAGGGGAGCCACAGAAUCGUUCACCCACGGUGGGAAAUUGUCUAGUGGGCAGCUCCACCUAAGAAUGGACAGAGAUGAUCAAAAGCAUUUUCAUACCGAUGGUGAUAAUGCCAAACGUGGUCUGUCACCUUUCAGGGGCACCCGACGGGCCAGACACAACGAAUGGCUUACGAAAGAUAUGCUAACUUACGAAAGGAGAUACCCUGAAUUAGUGCUAAGUGCGAUUCUUUUUUUCCUCCUCCUUUGCAAUAUGCUCCCUCGAAAGGGGGAGCACUCAGAAUUGUCCAGCCUUCUCCUCUCCCUGCUAACCACCUCUCUUUGUGUAAACCCCCGGAAAGUAAAAAGUGCCUUCCAAAAAAUAAUAGCACACGCUAGAUAUGGCGUAGCGGCGAAAUGGCACUCUGCUUAUCUUAAAACAUAUGCAUUGUACUUCCUCCACGCGGUGGAAAAAUUGUAUAAUUAUUUCAUACGAUGGGUAGUUACCAUGCAUUGUAAAAAUAAAGAGGGUGAAUUACCAACCGAAAGGAGUACCACAAGGAAGACGAGCUACGCAAAUCUGUGCUCAUAUUUAAGGGACAAACUUCUUCCCAACUGCAAUGGAAUGACUUUUAAAAAUCUGAGAGUAGACAAAAUAGAAAUCCAUCAUCAAGAAAAAGACAUUGCCUAUAAAUAUGAAACGCUAACGUUAGACGGUAACUGCAAAAGCGUUUUUAAUUCUGAGUUGCGCAAAAAUAUGUACGUCAUCGGCAAAAUGGACCUUACUAAAUGCCACCAGGAGGGACUACCAUCCAAUGUGCCCAUUUAUACACAUAACGAUGUGAAGCAAAAACGAAACUAUUACAUCUGCUCCAUCGAAGUUGUGGAUGAGGAAAAUCUUCAUUCAAGAAAAUCCCUAUCGUUGUACAUAAAAAGGAAGGAUACCAAGAGGGAGAAAGUCCUCCUCCUGCACAGCAGCAGAAAGGGCGGCCUUCUCUGGAGUAGCAAAAUUACGCGGAAGGGGAAGCCCCCCAUGGACCAAAUUCCAACAUACGGCGAAUUGCCAAGCGAGGGGGGGUCUGCGGACAUUAAGACCAAUAAGGCCACUGGCUCGCGCAUCGCAAACAGGGCAAACAGCGCGACACCCAACUUGGGGCGCCAAACAGGCGAACGCAUCAAAGCCGACAAGUACUCCUACACAGUGCUGGGCAAAGAGGGACUAACCAUCCGCAGCCUCUUCAUUAAGCCAAACAGGACGUACAAAAUACAGCCCGUCUUUAAGGAAAAGCACCUGAAAUGUGUGCACGUAGGAUAUGGGAAAAAAACAAAGCCUUCAAAUUUGAGCUUCGAUAAUUUUGCACGGUUUGCGAAUUCCUACCCACGUGAUCCCUUUUAUAGGGAAACAUUCCCUAAAUGUCACAAAAAUGGGAACACCCCUCUUGGUUGCGGGAAGAGGGAGGAAUUGUCAAACGAAGGGGAUGGCCAUCCUUCUAGUGGUUCCCGACCAAGUGGCGUAGCUACCCACAGAAAGGGAAACAGCACGGAAAACUUCAGUAGACCUCCAUGCAUACGCUCCCAAAACAAGGGAAGAAAAUUUAGGGCGGACGAAAUCUUCCAACAAUUUCGCGUCACGUGCGAAGACAUAGGAACGCUAAUCGUGUCGCACGACAUCCACGACGUAGACACAUUUGAGGAUGUAAAAGUGGAGAAUGAGUAUGGAGAAUCGUUUUGCCUAAAUUCGCUUCGGAAUUGCUUUACUUUUAUAAAAAAAAAAAAAAUUAUCAUUUUGAGUCACCCCUGUUUUUAUAAAAAUGAAACUUAUUACGUUUACCUGCGAGGUGGUCGGAAGCGCCUUUCCGAUUACUUAACCGAAGGAAUUCACGUGCAGAGUUCCCCCAAUGGGGAAAUCAUUUUAAGCUCGUUUAGCCAAAAUGACCAAACAAACACAGACAUAACGGAUGGCCAAGAGGACAAUUCCCCAUACAGAAGUAGGACACUCCUCGACGAUCACAUCGAUUUGUACAAAAUAAGUGACUAUAAAAAAAAAAAAAAAUUCUUUUUUGUUAAGGUGAAUAAAAAGAGUAACACCUUCUACGCGCAGAGUUACGUCAGAAGAAAAUGUAAAAAUGCAUUUGACAUUCCAUUUGUGAAGGAACUUUUCCAUAGGGAGUAUCAUCACCUCCAAGAACAGCAACCGAUAGGCGACUUUCUCGAGGAAAUAAGUCACGCGGAUUUUGUCCCCAUUCAGCUGUUAUACAAGCUGAAGACACGCAGCGACGUUGCUGCUGCGAAAAAAUUGCAGAACUACUUUAUCGAGUGCUUAAAUGAGUCUCCAAUUUUGUGCAAAGGGGGUGACAAAAGGGGCGAUGCGGCUGUCGCGGUUGACGCGGUUGACCCGGAUUACCCGGCUGAUGUGGCUUACGAACUGUUGACUACUUCCGAGGAGAGAGCCACCACGGGGAAGAAAAAAACAUAUGGGGGAAGUUCAAUUGAGAAAAGUGUCAAUAAAAAUAAAAAUUGGCUUCCCUUUUGGAGAAAAGCCCCCCUUUUCAGCGGCACGAGAAGUACCGCAAACUAUCCGACGAAUGGGAUACUCCAAAAGGGGCAGCCUAAAAAUCACGAGGGAGCAAUUCACACACAAGAUGGACACACACACCAAAAUAGAAGCUACAAAUGGAGGGAGGGCCUCCUCCACGUAUGCAAAAAACACCUCCUCCGAAGCAAAAAAAAGAAGAAAGAAAUUCUUUACAGAUAUGCCGCAAACUAUAAAGAUCUCAUAAAGACAUACAUUACACACAUCAAAAUUUACGAAAGCAAAUACAAUUAUGUGAAGCAUAAUAAAGGCAACAUAAAAGUGCUAGCGAAUAUUCUACUGGAGUUACUGAGCUUUCCCUACGUAUUGGACGUGUUUCAAAGGUACAACAUUGUAGACAAAAGAGAAGGGGAGAAUUCGCACCAUCACGGAAACAACAUCGGCUUUAAUAUUUACGAUGUGUAUGAGAAGUGCUCGUUAAAUAAGAAACACACUGUUUUCAAAAUUGUCAACUAUUUGGAGGAACUCGCAGCGUAUAAAAUCGUGUACAUUAUUACCUUCUACAAGGACAAGCUGAACUAUCUGCAGCUGUUGGAUAAGCUCACCGUCGAUGAGAGCGUUUGCAAACUUCAGAGAGACGUCGAUCGGAUGUUUUACCACCGGUUUGGCUUCUCCAGGAGGGGGGCGGGAAAGACGCAGGUUUCGCGCGGUCGCCCUGAUAGCAAUAGCCCUGCUAGCAGCUCCCAUGACAGUAGUAGCUACCGAAACCGCAUCCUCAACCGCAUCCCCAGCCGCAGUCGCCGCCUCAACCGAGCGACAAACGGUAAGCCGACGCGGGGACAGGGGAACACCCCCGGAGACCCACAAAACCGAAGGACGCACGAAAAGACACUCCACGAAGUCAUACUAGAAAGGUACAUCAAACGGAGAAAAUCCUUUGCCAGAAAAUUUUACGAAAUAAAAAAAAGCAUACGCGAAAUUGCAAAAAAAUACAGGCAGGAGGAACAAGGGACAAAGAAAAUCCUUUUUUAUUUCCCAUUUUUUAUUCACAAAAAAGAAAUAAUAAAAAUGAAAAAAAAUGUAGAACAACAAAUAUACGAAUGGAAUGCUUGUCUCACGAAUUUUUUUUCCAAUUUUUUAAAUCAUUCUUUAACGAAGACUCACAUAUGCCAUUAUAACUUACGCAUAUUAAACAAACACAUCCUGAAUACCAUAAGACACUCCAUGUUUGGCAAGCAAAGGAAUGCUAAGCAUCAUUUCCCCAAUGUUAAUUUUGUGCAUAUUGUUAUUUCCCUUUCAUUUCUUAACCCACAAAAGGCCCUUUUAUUUUCCCCCACCUUUUUCUACAUGAAAUAUUUACCAUCUAAACCAAUUUUUGUUCUCUGCAAUCAGGAUGAGAUUGGCAGCUUGUUAGGGGGGGACGGUGGAAGGGCUCGCCGGGAGCGAGGACACUCGCCCAAGUGGGAAGAAUCAUCAUCUGGGGGGAGCUCACCAGGGGGAGAAAACCCAUCCGAGGGGGCAAGCUCCUUGGGGGGAUUCAACUCAUUGGAGGAACACCAAUUAAGGGGGAUGGAAAGCCAAGACGGGGAGCGAAAAAAGACACGCCGCGAAAAAAGCAAGCGGUGCAAUUCCCCGCGCGGGAAAAAAAAUGCACUCCCCGGAGAAGCAAACAUAGGAACAAACAUAGAAACGAACAUAUGCCGCGAAAGAGCAAAACGGAAAGAGCACAAAAUACUCCCGUGCUAUCUAGAAGUUAUAAAUGACCAUCUGCUUAUAUACCUUUUUGAUAACUAUGAUAAUAAGCUCUGCUGGAGGCUCGAGCGGGGGAAUUACUCCCUGGAGACACGGGAAGUGACAGACAGGGAGGCAGAAAAGGAAGCAAGGGAUGCACAGGACGCGACGGGGGAGGGGAACAGAAGGGAUAGAUGCACAAAGAUCCACGCGGAAACCGUUGCGCGAACAUCGCAUCUAUCUGAAGAGGGGCUCUCAAACUGCGGCACGUCAGAUAACGAGCAAAGCGAAGUUGUGUACACAGUCAUUAGUACGGACGAAAAUGACGACUCUCCAAUUUCAUCACUUAUCAAGAAGAAAAAAAAAACUAUGCCAAAGUACACACGAUUGGAACAGAAAAAUGAGAGCAGCCCAGUGAGGGAGAACCACCUAAGAGAUGAAAAAAACUGCUUUGUAAAAUGUGUGCGUCUGUUCUCGAACUGCUUCAGUAACUUAAGGGACAGUUUGGGGAGAAACCUUUGCCUCUUCUUUGCAUGCUACGAGGGGGAGGAGAACAAACUGCGCAAUGGCAAUUCGGAUUACAUCAAGCUGAUAGUAAGAAUUAACCCGGCUGCCAUCCCGCAGCUGAGCAACGCCCUAACUAUAAAUGACCAUGCGUGGGGGAAGCUAACGGAGAGGAACAAGCUUCUAAUUCGCGAAAGGGUGGAGGAGGUUUGUCUGGACGCCGAGCAGGUGUUUCCACUUGGGGGACCACCCGAAAUGGAUCCCAGUUUAGCCCAAUCAGAAGAGAAGUUCACCCACACCACAAAGGAUCAAGGGGGCUACUCCAAUUCCCCAAGUGAAGGCAUCAAAGUGGAGGAAUUUGCCCAGCCUGAAGGAGUUUUCCCCCAAGAUGGGAAGCUAAACGGAGAGACCCCCUUGAGCAGCACACACGUAAGCGAAAAGGAGUUAACACACGAGGAAUGGCACGAACUGCAUCUAUUCACAUUCAGCUUCUACAGAAAUAAACUGUCAGAAUUGAUAACAAAUUGUUCCAAGUUGACCGGAGUGGAGGCAAGCAAUUCGCAUAACCACGCAAACGCAUACCACGACGUACAAUUAGACAUAAUCGAAAAGAGAAACUCAAUAAAUGAGGCGUGGAGGUAUGAGCAACUAAGCGAAUCAGCGGAAAAGGAAUACGACGGGAGGAAAGAAGAACAAAGGAACAUUUCUUACCUCCUAAAAGGAAUAGAAAGAAUGAGAAGCGCAACAUUUGUAAAAAAAACUUUUAUGGAAGAUUCAAAAAAAUGUACACACAAAGAAUUAAUAUUUUACGACAAAAAUCAACAGCUAUUUUGCAAAUACGUAGGAGAUAUGAAAAAUAAAUUUUACAAUGGACAUGGGAAACUAUAUGACAAAUUUAACAGCUUAAUUUAUGAUGGGCAAUGGCUAAAUGCGCAAAAACACGGAAAGGGGAAAUUACUUUUCAAGCAUUUUAACAUUUGGUACUUGUAUGAAGGGCAAUUCUCAAAUGACGAAAUUGUAGACAAGGGAAUAAUCUCCCUGAUAGACAAGGAAUACGUAAAGAGGAUACAGUCCGAUAAAAUUAAUAAGCUGUGCCCCCUUCUCAUUAAAGUAAACUUCGGAAAAUACAAAUCGCAUAAAAGUAUUAAAGGGGAGAUGGAACAGUACCCACAAUUUGAAAAAGAACUCAUCAAACAGAUAGAAAAAACUGUUAUGGAAAAUUACAGCCCUACUAAUAAUGUAGAUUUCUGGCCAAAAGAAAUUACAGAUAUUUAUUUCCCCUACUUGAAGAAAUGGAACAUCUACUCCUUCUACUGCUCAUGCAACAUAGAAAAUAUCAAAGGCAAAAAGGAAAUCUUCGAGUCUAAUGAAAAUAAUUUUAAGAAUUUGAUUGGAUAUCCUUCCUUUGAGCUUCGCAAUGGCAGGAACGAUUUCGAUUCGAAGGAGCGGAGAUCAGACGACCAUGAGCAGGCAGGCGGCGAGGGGACCCCGGGGGAGGAUUAUCCCAAUCAGCCCUGUAGAGAGGCUCAACAGAGUAGCGAUUAUCCCAGUCAGCCCUGUAGAGAGGCUCAACAGAGUAGCGAUUCCCCCAAGCAGCCAGUUGCAACCCCUCGCUCGCAGGAACACAUCGUCUACAAGAGAGACAAGACAAACGUCCUGCACGAGCAAUUUUUCGAGUACAUGAAAAAAAAGAACGAGCAGAAGCUGUACUACCCCCUACUGAGCAAAACGGUUGGAUUGGCCAAAAUCAUCUACGCAGACAAGAGUGAGUACAUCGGGCCGAUCAACAGCAGGGGGCAGCCAAACACCAACGAGCAAUUCCCCAAGGCCAUUUUUAACAACGAAGAUUUCUUUUACGAAGGAGAAAUGAAAAACUUCCUGCCGCACGGAUAUGGUAUAUUCAAAAAUAAAAAGGAUGGGAGAAAUACCUACUUGGGAUUUUGGAAAAAUGGACACAGAGAAGGAAAUGGGAGUCUCCAUUUGAGGAACAAAAAAUAUAUAGUCCAGGCAAACUUUACAAAAGAUAAGCUGCACACUAACGUUAACAUAUUCAUAAGGGAUGAAAAGAUAUGCAAACUGUACAUAUCAAGUGUAAGCUCAAAUAGCCAGAAAAUAAAAAUAUUUUUCAGAAAUGGCUACAUUUUUUACGGCCACUUUUCAGAAAAUUAUCAGCGAAAUGGGAUAGGCAUCCUCAUAGACAGCAACAACAAAAUUUUAUAUCAUGGGUAUUACAAAAAUGACGUGAUCGAUAAAUUCUGCUACAUCCUACGACAUAAGGAUAACACCAUCUACUGUGGGAACCUCCAUCAAGGGAUGAAAAAAGGCUUUGGGAAAUUAUAUUACGAAGAAAAACUACACUUUGAUGACGAAAAUGAAUUCAAUUUAAGUUUGUCCAAUGCCAAAAUUUUAGCAAGAAAAUUGGAGUCAUACGAUGGUAUUGAUAUCAAUUCGGAUAUCCCCUUAAAUUUUGCCCUCGAUUCUAACCAUGUUAUUUAUGUUGGCUACUGGGAUGAAAAUAAUUUUUCUCAUUUCGGCUCAUGCAAUUUGAGGAAUGGCAUUUAUAAAGGGGACAUAAGGGAGUCCAAAAAAGAUGGCUUCGGAAUAUACAUAUACAAAAAUAAAAAAUCGUAUAAAAAUAAAAAUAGAUACGUUUUGUCCUAUUUUAAGAAAGACAAAAUUAGCGCCAUGGGGAAAUACUACAGUGAAUAUGACAAACUUAAAGUACACUCUUUUCAAAAGGAACAAAUUAAGCGCAAAAAAUCGGCGUACGAUAAAUGCUUCACCAAGGGAAAAAUCAAAUAUGAAGUUUUAAAAACCGACAAGCUGUACAUAAAUCAGGAGAUCGAUUCUUACAUUACCGUUCCUCUUGCCGACACGUUGGCAGUCAUUAUGGACGAGGCUUUCGAUAAAUCCACCAGCUUUGUCCAUUACUUGUAUCGCCCAUUUCUGUUCGAUUUGAAUUAUUUCUUGAAGAAGUGA